CAUCGCCAGUCAUGAUGGUGAUGAUACUCUGGAAGAGAUCCAUUCUGUGGAAACCCCACAAGGUGAGGCCACGUCUAAAUAGCUUACAGGCUGGAGUGCUGUGGUGUUAUCACAGCUCACUGCAGUUUCAAGCUCCUGGGCUCAAGUGAUCUUACCUCAGCCUUCUGAGUAGCUGGGACUCCAGAGAUGGAGUCGCUCUGUCACCCAGGCUGGAAUGCAGUGGCGUGAUCUCGGCUCACCGCAACCUCCACCUCCCGGGUUCAAGCAAUUCUCCUGCCCCAGCCUCCUGAGUACCUGGGACUAUAGGUGCCAGCCGCCACUCCCAGCUAAUUUCUUUUGUAUUUUAAUAGAAACGGGGUUUCACCAUGUUGCCCAGGCUGGUCUCAAACUCCUGAGCUCAGGUAAUCCACCCACCUCGGCCUCCAAAAGUGCUAGGAUUAUAGGCAUGAGCCACCAUGCCCGGCUGAAGCCAGGAUUUGAGACAGAGUCUCACUCGGUCGCCCAGGCUGGAGUGCAGUGGUGCAAUCUUGGCUCACUGCCACCUCUGCUUCCCAAGUUCGAGCGAUUCUUAUGCCUCAGCCUCCUGAGUAGCUGGGACUACAGGCACCUGCCACCAUGCCCAGCUAAUUUUUCUAUUUUUAGUAGAGACGGGGUUUCACCGUGUUGGCCAGCCUGGUCUCGAACUCCUGACGUCGUGAUCUGCCUGCCUCAGCCUCCCAAAGUGCUGGGAUUACAGGCGUCAGCCACCGUGCCCGGCCUGACAGCAUGUUUUAAAGCAGAAUGCAUCUGAAAACCAGCAGUAAUCCUGCCUCUGAAGUUUAUCAGGAAAGGAGCUUAAAAGAGAACCAAAUUCAGCCUGUGUUGGAACUCUCAGUCCCAGAGGGGUGUGGUUUAUAGCUCUCCGGCCUGCUGUUGGACUUUGGCUGUGACCCACAGAAGGACGCCAGAAAGUACUCAAGACAUUCUCGGUGCCCCGGUCAGCACUCGCCAUGACGAAGACUUCUACAUGCAUAUACCACUUCCUUGUUCUGAGCUGGUAUAUUUUCCUCAAUUAUUACAUCUCACAGGAAGGAAAAGACGAGGUGAAACCCAAAAUCUUGGCAAAUGGUGCAAGGUGGAAAUAUAUGACGCUGCUUAAUCUGCUCUUGCAGACCAUUUUCUACGGGGUCACCUGCCUGGAUGAUGUGCUGAAAAGAACCAAAGGGGGAAAAGACGUUAAGUUCCUAACUGCCUUCAGAGACCUGCUUUUCACCACUCUGGCUUUUCCUGUAUCCACGUUUGUAUUUUUGGCAUUCUGGAUCCUCUUUCUCUACAAUCGAGAUCUCAUUUACCCCAAGGUCCUAGAUACUGUCAUCCCAGUGUGGCUGAAUCAUGCAAUGCACACUUUCAUAUUCCCCAUCACAUUGGCUGAAGUCGUCCUCAGGCCUCACUCCUAUCCAUCAAAGAAGACAGGACUCACCUUGCUGGCUGCUACCAGCAUCGCUUACAUCAGCCGCAUCCUAUGGCUCUACUUUGAGACGGGUACCUGGGUGUAUCCUGUGUUUGCCGAACUCAGCCCCUUGGGUCUAGCAGCUUUCUUCUCUCUCAGCUACGUCUUCAUCGCCAGCAUCUACCUACUUGGAGAGAAGCUCAACCACUGGAAAUGGGUUUCUGUUCAGAUCUUGCAAAGAUGGAGGCUAGAAUCUGUUGGAAUCUCUGCUUCCAGUGGCCCGAUUGGAAGUCACCAGCCAAGCACCAACUGGUCAAGAAUAUCAGGUGACAUGAGGCAGCCACGGAAGAAGAGGAAGUAAUUGCACACCAUUUUCCAAGAACCAAGAAAGAAGAAAACACAAGAGAUUUUUCUCAUCUUUUUUAUUUUUUUUUUUUUUCUGGUGGAGGGAGGUGGUGGAGGAACAUAGCAAAGUAGGAGGGACAGAGAGUGAUACUUAAAUUUAAUAAGAGGUUCGUGAAGGUAGCUUAACUUAAGAACUCUUGGUUUUUUGAAAGGUUGACUGCACAUGCCAAAAACAACUCCUGCUAUCUCAGAAUUAAUUAUCUUUGACCUUCGUGGAGGAUGAUCUCUGGUUAAAAUCUGGCCAAAGAAACUCACAUAAACUUGGUGUUAGAGAACAUCUAGAGAGAGAAAGAGGAACUUAGAGUCAUUUAAACUCUUCAGUUUACAGAGAAGGAUGCUGAGGACCUAGAUGAGAAGUUACCUGCAAAAGGCAAAAGGGUUACUUAGUGUCAGAACCAAGGCAAUGACUUCUCUCUCCCAGAUCUCCUAGCUACCGGUCCUGGGCCAUUUUUUUUUUUAAAUAAUCCCAACUUUUCUUUAAAAGACAAGCAUUUCAGUAAGCUAGUUGUUUUCAUGGGUUGCUCAUCCAUUUUUUUCAGUGAUCUAAAAAUGUAGGGAGAUGGCUACUACUGAAGUUGUCUGUCUACUUGGGAUAAUAGCAAAUUAAUUGAAGACAAUGGGAAAGUAAGUUAUAAAAAAUACUGGGAAAUCUGUUUCUCUUCUUAGCAAGCAUUCAGGGCAGGUAUAAACAUCAAACAUAGUGACAUUGUCAAAACCUCUUCCAUUUGAACAUUGAUUAAUUCAUCAAAUAAAUGGUAUAGUAAGACAUUUUACUUGCAGAAGAAUCUGGAUGGGAAGUGAUAGAAUUAUAAGGGCUGUUGAGAUUGCUUUGCUACAAAGCACUUUUCUGAAUUAGUGUGUGGUUUAACAAAGCUGAUUUCCAGAUGCUUAACAAGGAUUCAUGAUCCCUGCUGUGAUUUUCCUAGUGUUAUUUUCCUGGCCUUUAUUUGUGGGCACAUUUUUUAAAGAACACAAAUGGCAAAUGGCUAUUGGUGGGUAGACAUAUUUGAGUCUACUAGUAUGUCACUAGGCUCAUAUGGGUUGGGGUGUGGACACUGAAGGAAAUUGGACUUGGACUUCCCAACCUAACAUUAUAUAGGAGAAAUCUGGUAAAAAUCAGCAAGAGUGGUCUUGAAGGGUUACAGAAGAGGACAGAAUAUCUCAGGGAGGAAGGCAGCCCAAGGGAAGACCAGGACAGGCACUAAGAAACCUACUUAAUUCCCACUUCUUUUUCUACUGUUCUGUUAAUAUGGGCCUCAAGUCUUUUCCAGUUGGAGCUGGGAAUACCACCUCUUUCUCCACAUCUACGGCUGCCUCUUCACUGCUCCAAGCACCUGGUCUCAGUGGGAGCUCAGAAACAGUUGCCACAGUGGAAAUUCCCCAAACGUGAAGCCCUCGGGGGAUCACCCAAAUUUUCCACACCCCAGAGGUGACUUGGACUGCGUAACUCUCAGUCACAGUAAGCUCUUGGUGGGGAUGAGCCUGCAAAUUUCUAUUUGUGGCUUUACUGGCCCUAGGACCAAAUUAAACCUUGAUUGCAG